AUGGGCAGUGUAGAGAACAGUAUUUUCUGCCCGGGGGCUUCCUCGAAUGUCCAGGAGGGCGACGCUCCAGCCGCCAUCGCAGAUGCGAGCUCGAAUGGAAAGGCGGCAUUCAACUCUUACCACGAACCAAUAGCUAUCGUGGGCAUGGCCAUGAGGCUUCCUGGUGGAAUCCGCACCUCCGAUGCCUUCUGGGACUUCCUCGUGAAGAAAAGGAGCGCCCGCAGCAGAGUACCAAAUGAUCGAUACAACGUGGACGGCUUCUUCGGGCCUGGGAAGGCCGGCCAUGUCGGAACCGAGUUUGGCUACUUCCUUGAUGAUGUCGACCUCGCCGAUAUGGAUACUUCGUUUUGGACGAUGACCCGACAAGAGGCAGAUGUCAUGGAUCCGCAGCAACGUUUGGCCCUCGAAGUAGUCCAUGAAUGCCUCGAGAAUGCUGGGGCCAAAGACUGGCGUGGCAAGAGCAUUGGCUGCUACAUGGGAUGCUUUGGGGAAGACUGGCUAGACAUGGAACUCAAAGACGACCAAAAUUCCAACAUGUAUCGCAUGGCAGGCUACAGUGACUUCGUCAUCUCCAAUCGCGUUUCGUAUGAAUUCGACUUCAGAGGACCGAGUAUGACUAUCCGUACAGCAUGCUCGUCCUCUCUGACUGGUCUUCACGAGGCCUGUAUGGCUAUAACCCGCGGCGAUUGUUCCGCUGCUGUUGUGGGCGGUACGAGUAUCAUCACCGCGCCCCGGAUGACGAUUGCGCUCACAGAGCAAGGCGUUAUCUCACCGACAGGGAGCUGCAAAACAUUUGAUGCUAGUGCCGACGGUUAUGCUCGCGGCGAGGGAGUGUCGGCAUUAUACGUCAAGAAGCUGAGCGACGCGAUCCGGGAUGGAGACGCGGUUCGUGCUGUCAUUAGGUCGUCAUGUGUCAACUCCGAUGGGAAGACGCCGGGCCUUACUAUGCCGAGCACCCAGGGACACGAGUCGCUGAUGCGACAUGCCUACCAAAUGGCAGGCAUCGCAGAUUUCUCGCAGACUGCCAUGAUCGAGUGUCAUGGAACAGGUACCAAGGCUGGGGAUCCGAUCGAAACUAGGGCAGUGGCGAAUGUCUUUGGGCCCUAUGGCGUGUAUAUCGGUUCUGUCAAGCCGAACCUUGGCCAUUCAGAGGGGAACUCGGGCCUUUCCAGUGUUAUCAAGAUGGUUUUGGCUCUCGAGAACAAAACUAUUCCCCCAAACAUCAACUUCACUACGCCAAAUCCCGACAUUCCCUUCAAAGAAGGUAACUUGAUCGUUCCGGUUGAGCCUACGCCAUGGCCUGUGGGCAAAGCUGAGAGAGUGGGUGUUAAUUCGUUUGGGAUUGGAGGAGCAAAUGCACACGUCAUUCUCGAUUCGGCUUCAUCUCUAGGCCUUGGAAAACCAAGCCCUGGUAGAGCUCGCAAUUUGCCCGCGCUUCUGGUUGCCUCAGCUAAGCAUACCAACGCGCUCAAGCAAUGCAUGAACAACUUCGACACCUAUGCCCUUGAACAUCCGGGGUACCUGCAUCAUAUGAGCUAUACUCUCGGUGCCAGGCGUGAAACAUUCUCUCACAAGGCUUUCUCUGUGGCCACACCGGGUAGCCCCUUGUCAAUGUCUCCGAUUAUGACGCUUGGCAAGCCCUACAAUUUAGUUUGGACCUUCACCGGGCAAGGUGCACAGUGGGCGCAGAUGGGGAAGGAGCUUUUUGACAAUGAACCUGUGUUCCAGAACUCCAUUCGCACGCUCGAUAAAAUCCUUGCUCAAUUAGCAGAGUCACCGAAUUGGCGUUUGGAAGAUGAGCUCCUUCGGCCAAAGAACCAGAGCAGACUAUCUGAAGCCGAAUUCUCGCAACCAUGCUGCACCGCUAUUCAAAUAGGCCUUGUCGAUCUCCUGAGGCACUGGGGUGUCGAACCCCGAGCCGUCCUUGGACACUCCUCCGGCGAGAUCGCUGCCGCUUAUGCUUGCGGGGCUAUAAACUCGGUCGAAGCUAUUCUCAUAGCUUAUUACAGAGGCCAGAUCACAAAGGGACUCGGCAAAGUUCAUGCAGGCGGGAUGGCUGCGGUCGGUCUCGGGCGUCAGGAUGUCUCGUCCUUUCUUCAACCUGGUGUCGUCAUUGGCUGCGAGAACAGUCCUUCAAGCGUGACACUAACAGGUGAUAUGGAUACCCUUGAGACAGUCAUGUGCAAUAUUCAAGAUGCAUUCCCAGAAACCUUGGUGCGCACUCUGCGGGUUGAGUGUGCAUAUCACUCUCAUCACAUGGAGACGGUUGCAGGCAGAUACCUGUCUCUAAUCAAGGAUAUUGUACAUGCGGAAUCACCACUUGUGCCGUUCUAUUCCUCAGUUACAGGUAAAAUCAUUUCCACAGCUGGUGCACUUGGUGCAUCGUACUGGGUCCAGAACCUUGUAUCUCCGGUUCUCUUCUAUCCCGCUGUACGCCAAGCCCUGUCAACUCUCCCAUCCCCUACUUGUUUCGUCGAAAUUGGGCCUCACUCGGCUUUGGCCGGUCCUAUUCGUCAGGCUUUCAGAGCAUUUGAUGAUAGCCUUCUCGACUAUGUCCCGACAUUAGUUCGGAACAACAACGCCAUGGUGGACAUGCUGAACAUGGCUGGGAAUCUCUGGCUUCGAAACACGGAAAUCGACUUCACUUUGCUCAACCGCGAGUCUGAGCUCCUCUCCGAUCUUCCGUCUUAUCCAUGGCAUUACGAAGCCAAACACUGGGCUGAGAGUCGCAUUUCAAAAAGCUGGCGAAUGAGGAGCUUCAAACGCCACGAUAUUCUCGGCGAUCGCGUUCUCCAGAGCACAGAUCUGAACCCUUCAUGGCGUAAUAUUCUGAGACUCGAUGAUGUGCCAUGGAUUCGAGACCAUGAAAUUGCCGGCGAUGUGCUCUUUCCUGCAGCCAGUUUCAUCGCCAUGGCUGGGCAGGCUAUCUUUCAGUUGUCUGGUAUUGACGAUUAUACUGUGCGACGGGUCAACAUCACCACAGCGCUGGUAGUUCAGGAGGGUAAACCAAUUGAGCUAGUCACCAGCUUUCGGCCAGUUCAACUUACGACAAGUCUGCAAUCGUGUUGGUACGACUUUGAUGUGACAUCUUUGAACGGCAGCACCUGGGUCAAGCACAUAACGGGCCAGAUUCGAGCCGGUCGCGAAUUCGAGCACACCCAAAGCGCUAUUGAGCCACUGGAACGUCAGGUUUCCGCCUCGGGAUGGUACCGUGUUAUGAGGCGAUUCGGAUUGGCCUAUGGACCUAGGUUCCGUCUCCUCAAAGAUGUCACGACUGGAGUUGAUGACACAAAGGCGGUCGCUACGAUCGAGGACGGGAACUUUGAGGAAAGAGAAUCAUCAUACGCUCUUCACCCUGCAGCCCUUGAUGCGUCAUUCCAACUUUUGAUGGUCGCCGCUUUCAAGGGAAUAUCCAGGCGGUUUGAUACUCUAUCGGUUCCAACAUACGUAGAGGAACUUUACGUCAGGCCUCCGAAUGGAGUCGUGCGGAUGCAGGGCGAGGCUACACGAAACGCUAGAGGGCUUUUCGGAAGCCUUUCCGGAGUUUCGAAUGGGGAAACUGUGAUCAGCCUCAAGAAUCUUCAGCUCUCGCCCUUGGUCCACAGCGAAGAGAUUGUGGGUGAUGAUCCUCACGCCGCCAUUGAGCAGAGAUGGGAUCGUGAUCUCAACUUCCUCGAUCUCUCAACAUUGAUGUUUUCAAGGGAUAUUACUCAGGAGCACAUGCUCCUUGAGAAAUUUGCCUUGGCAUGCAUGAUUGAAAGCAGUGUCCAGCUUGAGAGAUUGCAGACUGACAUCUGGUAUAUGAACAAAUUUCGUGCUUGGCUAGCCGCCCAGCGGGAGACUGCCUGCACAGGUGACUAUCCAAACGUUGCAGAAUCCGGAGAUCUGGCCACGAUGAGCAGCCAGGACAGAAGGCAGCUCAUAUGCGAGCUUUAUGAUCAGCUGUCCAAGACAGGGGCAAAGGAUGUUACGAUUGCAGUCCAUCGCAUAUUCUCCUCCGUGGCUGGCAUCUUCGAAGGUACAGUCAACGCGCUUGACGUCCUCUUGAACAACGAUGUUCUCACUGGAGUCUACAAUUAUAUGCAGCUCUGGGAGUAUGGCGAGCUGUUUCGCCUGCUUGGUCAUACUAAGCCAAACCUCAAAAUCCUCGAAAUCGGUGCCGGGACCGGCGGGACAACCAGCACUAUCAUACCGCAUAUGACUUCCAGCUAUGGCGAGCGCCUGUACGGAACGUAUACGUACACCGAUAUUUCUGCAGGCUUUUUUGUCACUGCGAAAAAUCGGUUUCACGAUGUCGCUGGAAUGGAGUACGCGGUAUUAGACAUCUCUAAGGACCCCAUUGCGCAAGGCUUCAAAGCCGAGUCUUUCGACCUCAUCAUCGCCUGCAACGUCUUACACGCCACCCCUAGCUUGCACGACACGCUGACCAACGUCCGUAAACUCCUUCAUCCUCGUGGCAGGCUGCUCCUACAAGAGCUAAGCCCUACGACAAAGUGGAUCAAUUAUGUCAUGGGUCCUCUGGCAGGUUGGUGGCUUGGAGAAGCGGAUGGUCGCGUGGAUGAGCCGUACGUAACUCCUGAUCGGUGGGACCAGGAGCUCAAGGCAGCUGGCUUUGGGGGGAUUACCACCGUCAAGUUUGAUGGGCAUCUUAACAACAACAUCAUCGCCAUGCCAUCUUGCGAUAAACACAAAACGAAACGAAUCACGAUACUGGUACCCGAACCGAGCUCCCCUCAUGUGAUCGACAUUGUCAAUCUUCUUAACCAGAGAGGGUACGAAACAGAUUACUGUGCGCCCUUGGAGAUUCCGCGGCCCGGACAGAUGGUACUAUCCCUCUUGGAUAUGGGCGAACCAUUCUUCCAUAAUCUGACCUCUGAGCGUUUUACCUGGCUCCAGUCGAUUCUAGACUGUAUCAAAGAGUCCGGGAUGUUGUGGAUAACUGCGGCUUGCCAGAUCAUGUGCAAAGACCCUCGUUAUUCCCAAACGCUCGGCUUCGCACGAACCAUCCGUUCGGAACUACAAAUCGAUUUCGCUACCCUCGAACUUGACAGUUUGGUUGACGCGGCGGCAUGGGCAGUCAUCCCAGAUGUUUUGCACGAGUUUGAACAUCGUGUCCAUGAAGACGAAAUGAAUCCAGUCAUGGAGUAUGCCUACGAUAGCGGGGCAAUCCAGGUCGGCAAAUUCCAUUGGAUUUCUGUGAACGAGUUGUUGCAAGAGGAGCAAGACACGACCCGCGCGAGACAGCUCGAUAUUGAAAGACCAGGAGCGCUUCAGACACUGUUCUGGCAACAGGUUAGGUCUCUUCCCGAAGUUGCAGAGGACUGGGUAGAAAUAGAGCCCCGAGCAGUUGGCUUGAACUUCAAGGAUGUAUUGAUUGCUAUGAAUAUUGUUCCUGGCCCUGACCGCAUGAACGGCGAAGGGGGUCUGGGAUGCGAAUGCAGUGGCGUUGUCACCAAGGUUGGGCCGAACGUUGUGGGGCUCAAGAUUGGAGAUCCCGUCGUCUCAAUUGCCGCAGGUUCCUUUGCCACCAAGUUGACCACCCGGGAGCAUCUGUGUACCAAGAUGCCCGAUGGCUUGAGCUUUUCUGAGGGCGCGACCAUACCAUGCACCAUCCUGAUUCAUUCUGCGGCCGGUGGGGUAGGCAUCGCCGCAAUCCAGGUUGCAAAGAUGAUUGGGGCCGAAGUGGGUUUCCAGGUUGAAAAUACAUGCUUCUCUGUGGUGGCUAAUCGCGAGCAGAUUUACUGUACCGUGGGCACGUCAGAAAAGGCUGGUUUCUUGACGCAACACUUCGGGAUCCAUCGUGAUCGGAUAUUCUACUCGCGGGACACUAGCUUUGUUCCCGAUAUCAUGGCUGCCACGAAGGGCCGCGGUGUGGACGUAGCACUCAACUCCCUCUCCGGCGAGCUGCUACAUGCCACCUGGCGAUGCAUUGCCAAAUUCGGAAUCAUGGUGGAAAUCGGCAAGCGGGACUUCCUUGGUCGGGCGCAUCUCGCGAUGGACGUCUUCGAGCAGAACCGCUCAUUCCAGGGAGUAGACCUUACUGAGGUCUGUACGCAGCGCCCGGUGCUCAUGAAUAGUCUUCUUCAGCGGGCUAUCCGGUACUAUGAGCAGGGCCACAUCAAACCUAUCAGUCCCAUCAAACAGUUUGAUGCAACACAAGUGGAAGAUGCAUUCCGAUUCAUGCAAAAAGGGCAACACAUUGGCAAGAUCGUCAUCAUAUUACCUCAGGCAAAGCAAAUGUCACUUCUUCGAGUGAAAACAGAGAGAAGAGAGCUGACCUUUCGUCAAGACCGUGCCUACCUGAUCGUUGGGGGACUCGGCGGCCUCGGACGCUCAGUCGCAUCGUGGAUGGUAGAGCGAGGCGCGGCUCACAUAAUCUUCUUUUCACGAUCUGCGGGGGCAGUACCUAAGGACGAUCCUUACCUACGCGAACUCGAAGCUCAAGGGUGUGCUGUACAAACCUUCUCUGGCAGCGUUGCCAAGGCGGGCGAUGUUGCCCGCGUGAUCAGAGCUGCUGGAAGGCCGAUUGCGGGCGUGCUCCAGGCGUCUUUAGUGCUUAGUGAUGCUUCGAUAAACGAGAUGACCUUCGAGCAGUGGCAGGCAGCGAUACAGCCCAAGGUUCAAGGAACUUGGAAUCUUCACAAGAUCCUCCUCUGUCAAAAGGAACCUCUGGACUUCUUCUUCCUCUUCAGCUCCCUCUCGGGGCUUGCGGGGCAACCCGGCCAGGCCAACUACGCUAGCGCGAAUGCCUUUCUGGACGCCUUCGUCCAGUACCGUCAUGCCCAGGGACUGCCAGCUUCUGUCCUCGACAUCGGUGCAAUGGACGACGUAGGUUACUUGAGCAAGAAUGCCAGUAUCCUUGAAGCUUUACGCGCGACCACCCUCCAUGUGCUUCAUGAGCAAGACCUUCUCGACUCUCUCGAGUUGAUGAUACGCCGUUCUCGUCCUCAACUAUCCACUGUCGGAACGCCUUUUGGGUAUGUAAGCGGUAGUCAGGUAGGAAUCGGCUUCCGCUCAUCCAUUCCAUUGUCGGCACGCAACAAUCGCACGAUAUGGAAGCGCGAUCCUCGGAUGGCUAUCUACCGUAACAUCGAACCACAGGCGGUAGUUGCGAACAUUGUCUCAGGCGACAACGUUCUGAAGCAUUUCCUUUCCGAAGCGAGCAGCAACCCGGGUACCCUCCAAUCAGCUGAGAGCAUUUCAUUUCUCGCCAAGCAGAUCGGAGAGACCCUCUUUGGCUUCAUGAUGCGUGAUCUCGGGAGUCUAGAUUUGAAAGCGCCGCUAAGCUCGCUUGGCGUGGAUUCCCUCGUCAGCAUCGAAUUGCGCAAUUGGUUGCGGCAGAACAUAGGGGCUGAGUUCACAGUGCUGGAAGUUGCGGGUUCAGAGAAUUUACUGGAUCUGGGAGGGAAAACCGUGGCUAAGCUAGGCGAACGUUACGCUACUGCUGCCGUGUAA